AUGUGUAAACCAGCUACUUGUGAUAUUUGUGGAGGUGCUACUUGGUUCGGAUGUGGAAAACAUGUUCCAACAGCUAUGUCUAAUUCUCCAAAAGAUCAAUGGUGUACAUGUGAAUCAGCAAGUGGUGCUGAAUUAAACGGAUUCCCACCUAAAGUUGGUGAUGCUAAAGCUAAAUAA